AUGGGCUCCGGCGCAUCCAAAUCUGCUGCGCAGAGCAGCAUUCGCAAAUUCCCAAACAGAGCUCCGGGAUCAGCGUUACCACCUUCGUCGGGUCCUUCCGCCCCUAGGGCGGCUGCAGCAUCGAGACCGUUGCCAAGUCGAAAGGGGCAGACCCCUCAGGCCUCGUUUGCGAAGGAUGAAGCCAUCCUUCAAGACGGCACCGACCCGCACAUGACGUCCCGGGAGCACAUGCUGCAGCCGGGUCUCGCCGAGCGGCUGCGGCAGAUAGGCGUCGUGCAGCCGAACCCGACGUACUCGCCGUCGUCUACGGCGUCCCCCUCGUCGCAGCCCCAGGAGGCGGGCCGCAGCGGGCCGGUCUUCCCGUCGCCGUCCAGCAACGCCGUCCUGUCGGCGCUCGAGGCCCGCGAGAGGCUGGCGCGCGAGGCCGAGGAGGAGUUUGAGAGCCUCGGCCUGUCCAGCGGGCAGGGCAGGAGGUUCCUGACCUCGGGCAUGAUCCGCGACGUGCUCGUCAUGCGGGAGAGGGGCGCGGGGGAGGAGGACAUCGAGCAUCGCUUCAACUUGAGGAGGGGUGUGGUGAGGAAACUGGGGCCGAGGGGCUUGUUCCAACCAGUCGGAGGCCCUGCGCCUUGA